CUGACCGCAGUGACUUCGGCUAAUUUCCUUUGUGUGUUUUUUUAUCAGAGUUGCUUUGCAGGUGAAGUACAACUACAGCAUUUCCCAUUUUUGACGCGUGGUCUUUGUGCAGUGGUAUGCUACUAUGAUGCACAUCGUUUCAUCAGCGCAUCUGUCAGGGCUCUCGCAGAACUGAAAAUCAACGAAGAGAUUCCGAAAUCAGAUGCGCUUACCAGCGCCCUCAAUGCUUUACUUACCGAUACUGCAUUCGUUAAACGUCUGAUAGAAGUUCUGCAAACAGUGAGCGUGCAGACUGAGCUGCAGAAUCUUCAUCAGCCACAUGUGAAUGGACUGGGCGGCCCGAAACAUCAGGAAAUUUUACGUGAAUUAAUCGAGGAAAUUUUAACGAACUGUGCACAUACGCUGUACCUCAUUUCGUCGUCGUGGCGAUUGGAUUCCGUCCCACCGUUUCUGGAUAAUCUGUUCACGCCGCUGAAAAGUUUGCAGCCAACAGCACUGUUCCAGAAUGCACAUCUGCCAUUAUGGAUCGCAGCGCUGAUACUAAUUUCGCCGCACAAUCUUUUGAAUAUGCGUUGUGCAAGCGAGUUGCUGAUGGCUUUCCACAAGCAUGUGAUGCUGGACGAUUGGCAGGAUUCGUGCAUGCGAGCCUCCCUGCAGUUUGCUAUUGUUGUCUCAUACAACUGGCUCAAUGUGCAUCAGCUUGUCCAAGAAGUAUUGGGCGGGUUUGCGAUCAAGGAAAAUGAGUUACUCGAAAGAGCAGUCAAUGGAUUAGCAUUUCAAUUUAUACGAAAAUGUGUUAUUCCAGUUCCAAAAUUCCGCGAAAAUGUUAUGGCAUUUUCGGUUGUUGAUACACUAAUCAAAAAUUUCCUUGCUCAUUUCACUAAUCAAGUAAUGCUGCUGCAACGCGCCGGUGAAAUGGAACUGCAGAAUGUUGAGGAUGAACUGCAGCAUGGCCAUCUCUCCAAGCCCAUGCUUCAUUUUGAAAAUUUGAUUCGUGGCAUCGCUGACCUCUACGAUGGCAAUUCGAUACAUUCUGUACACUUGUCUGCACAGUUUUGCUCGCACGAAAAUAAUUGUCGACGACUAAUUUCCCCGGUCUUGCAAGUUGCUUUUCUGGAUAUGGUUAAAAACAUCUGCAAAUGUCAAGAAUCCGCGCAUUUUAUAUUCGAACUGCUUUCGUCAAGCCCGGAAAAAUAUGGUGAAAGCUCCCUUUGUUGGGAUCAUUUUUGGAAGGCGCUGCAUGACUAUCUUGGCUAUUUUAAACAGCGGAAAGGCCGACCGUCGCGUGUGAUGCAGGAAUCCGCAGGGCAGCAACAUCCCUUGCCGCAGAUUCCGCAGACAGAGUUGGCUGGCCUAAUUGCGUGGGUGCAACUUGCAGAAGUCGUUGCUGAACAUGACAGUGCUGCACGCCGUCAGUUUUUCGAUAAUAAUUCAUGGUCGUGCGUGGAAACGUCGGCAAGUUUAGUCACUUCAGCAGUGCCACUAGUUCUGAAGGGCGCAUUUUAUCGUUUUUUGGCAUCGCUGGCAGUAUACGAGUACGGCACAGCAAGAAUCUGGGCAGCACUGAUCUCGUUCUCUGUUAUAAAGAAAACAACGAGUGGUAAAUUAACUGGCAUACAAUUCCACUGGGCAAGAAAAGAUUUUUUGAAGGAUGAACUGGAAACUCGCGAAUGUGCGAUGAAGAGUUACGACUCGUCCCUCGGAUUUCUGCGUCUUAUGAAAACUUUGUUUCGUCACAUGCACACCGUUGACAGUGGUCAUCUGCUGUGCUAUCUGCAGUUCAUUAUCAAAUCCAUUAUCUGCCAAUUUGCAAAUCGCUCCUAUAACAAUGUUCAACAAAUGAUUAUGGUGAUGUAAUU